AUGAGUCAACAACUCGUCCACGAGCUUGAGGUUGCUAGGUCAACUUCCUUGGAGGCUACGGUUUUUGGUGCUUCUUUAAAUACUAGAGAUGUUCCAAAAGGCCACUUUGCUGUUUAUGUAGGGGAAAAGCAGAAAAACAGAUUUGUUAUCCCCGUAUCAUUCUUGAGUGAACCUCUAUUUCAAGACUUGCUUAGUCAAGCUGAGGAAGAAUUUGGCUUUGAUCACCCAAUGGGUGGUGUCACAAUUCCCUGUAGCGAGGAUGUGUUCAUUGAUCGCUUGAAUAGGAUCUGAGGCUUUUCCUUUCACAGUUUUGUAAAGAAAAAGAUUUACAGUUUGUACAUUAGAGAAUUAGGAAAUACACAUUAUUUACAGAAAAUUAGAUAGAGGGGGCAACUCUGACUGUAGAUCCCAAUUUUGAAUGUAAUUUUCAGUAGCUGAUGUCUAAAAGAUAUACAACACUUUGUUCAGAUUCAUUCUUUAGCCAAUUUAGUUCAGUUUUCUUGUUGAAA